CGGAAACUACCUGUAGUUGUUUAAUAUGGACCUUUAGUGCCCAUCAGUCAUCUACUAGGUUCAAUAAAGAGCUGUAGUAAUGUUCAGUAUUCAUGACACUAUGACCCAAUGGCUAUACUUUUCCACACACCUUCCUCAUAUUAUACAAACAUUGCGUUUCUUUUGCUAAAAUAAGGUUAACUAAUAUGUGCUCUGCCGUUUAUCGUCACAGUUUUAAACCUAGCCAUCUUCCAGUUCAAGGUUAGAUUAGUACCGGAACCUUCAACCAGUUUGCAAGAAUCGUUGCAACUAAACUCAAUCGUCCUUAGAAUAGGUACCAGCGAGGCGUCACCAUCAGGGUGCAUCAUCAGUUUUGUUCCGUUACCAUGGCGGCAUUGGCCUGUUUUGCACACCUUCUGCCAGUAUCGAAGCGGCACCAGCUGGUCACGAACACCGAACGCAACAAAUAAGCUCUAAUUAAACUAAACUCGCGUACCGCAACACCAUUCUCGUGGAUGGUCAACGGACCUAACCAUCGUGAGGAAAAGAGCCAGCCAAUGUGCCGCGAUGGAAGGGGAGGAGGGCUGAAGGAAACGGCAACGUUGAUAUUGAUUAGUAUUCCGUUGAACGAGCGCCAUGUGACCGUGGACGCCAUUUCACCGGAGACGGAGAGUACAUCAGACAUCGUUUUUCGUGCGACAGAAAAUAGGAAGCUGGACGAGAUCCAAUGUUAAAAUAUGUUCUCUGUUUUUAAAAUUGUAUUGGUUUUGACCGACACAUUCGCGUUUCAAUUACAGUACGGUCGACGGUGGCUACAGCCGCAAUCGUCUGCUUUAUUAUCAUUCAUUCAUUGACCGCUGGGGUUGCGUGUGAAACAUCUUUGUCAAUGUGCCGACCAAUCUGUCACUCAAUAAAUAAUCUGUCUGAUAAAGAAAAACCUUACACGUGCGAAUAAGUCAUCAGUCGGUAUACAUAUGUGUGAGUGUGUGUGUGUGGUCGGUUAGUAUACUCUCAUUAAGGUGAUGCACCCUUUUCAGUGCAUCCAUUAGAAAUGAACUGUGUUUGUUUGUUUUGCUCUUGCCUCCUUUCUUUUCCCUUUUUUGCUCCACGAGACUUGAGCCCAUCGCGUUAGUGCCUCAGUGCGUUGAUUCGUACAGGAUCUUGCGUCAACUUAUAUAUGUAUACUCACAGGGUGGUGGGGAUAAUAUUGUACGCAAUCAAUUGACAUGUUGUUCGUUGUGUUCGGUAUCUCGCAGUAUGUUGAAACCAUCGGUGCGGUUGUCAUUUGCUCCCUCUCUCGCGUUGUCGGGCUCUGAUGGGGUUGUUAUCAUUUUGAAUGUAUAAUUGCAAUGCUACUGCACUGCACGAUGGCUUUACUUCAAAAGGAUUAGAAUAAUAAUUUGACAAAGACUCAGAAAGAAGCAACACUCCGGGUAUUAUCAGUGUAGUUGAACACUCAAUUGGAUUUAGUCACAUGUACUAGUGUGGUUGGCAUGUGAGUCAUAGCACUAGAAAGAAUAUCAAUUCUGUUGGAAGCCUAAGCAAAUUUUAAACCUAUUGAAGCACCACAUCGUCUUACAAAUCAUUAUUUUUUCGAUACGGGCAGAUUAGCAGAGUUAAUGCUCUGUUCUUAAGAUAUAUUUUUAUUUGCAUUUAAAAACUAUCAUAAUAAUGUGUAUGUCGUUCAUUUAAAUAUAGACCUCAUAAUAGACAUUUCAUUCUUUAUGGUCAUUAAUUUAAACGGCAUUUUGACAACCUAAUGGUUGAUCAAAUAUUUACUAAUUUUGUUAUACUACUGCCAAAUCAUAAAUCUUAUCAGUUUAUCAUAAAUGAAUUAAAGCAAAGCUCACAUAAAUAAUUGAAUAAAACAUGGCGUAUCAAGCACGUAGUUGUGUACAAAGUUUGGCUUCCACACAGUCUUGUUCAUUUUUAAGCUCCGUUUAAUCUACUUCCUCGUGCCAAUGUAAACUCCAUCCCCAUUUUCCUCGAAGGAAGCAAAUCAUAAAUCUAGGACAAUUUUGCUUCUUUUUUUUUUGGCAACCUCGGCAGCUUGAAGAUAAGAGUAAGCUAUCUUUUUUUAAUUUUGCACAUGGUUUAUAGUUUUCAAGAGCUUUACUUUGUUGGCGGGAAGUAACUUCAAAUUUGUUUUCAAUCUCUAGGGUAAAUUAAUUUUUUUCUCUUUCUGUUGACAAAUUUCUCAACUUAACAAGUAAAUGUCAAACGGACUGAUUGUUUUAUUCAAUGUUAGAUGAUCGUAACAAAUACAUAUAUAUUUUUUUAAAUGCAUGCUAUGUAUUACAAUUAAAACAAUACAAUACCAUCAAAUGUCAUUUAUUUUAUAUUUUCAAAUUCUGUCAUUCAUUCCAGCACCCAAAUUGUUCAUAAAAUCAUUAUUUAUUCCGCUGUACGUUUGUGUUAAAACAUUAUCUGUCGAUCAUUCUUUCCGAUCUCGAUGUUUAAUUUGUACUUUAAAACACCACUGACAAACAAUGUAUUUUCCUUUUGCUGUGCAGCAGUUGGGUGUACAUAUCUGUCAUAUAAGUGUAUGUGCCACCGACACUGAAGGUAUUUGCAUUUUUGAUCCCCGAUAUCGUUUUCUUUCAGAUAUCCACAAACUUUGGAGACCGAAUGACGCUGUCCGUUUGCUCGGUACCAAUUGGACGCUUGCACGAAAACUAGGAUUGCACUUGCGCAGCAUAGAGGAGCCCCAGAGCAGAAUGCCCACCGAGCAGGGGGGCACAGUGGGGCUCGAUGCUACGUUGGGCUCUCGUGCUGGUGUCCCCCUGCCGCUACAGCUACCACCACACAGCAACCUUCACCAUCAUCACCCGCACCACAGCCUUCACCACAGUCACCAUCAUGCUAAUAGCAGCAGCAGUAGUAGUAGUCAUCAUGCCCACAGCGCCUCCAAUCAUCACCAUCACCACCACCAUCAUCAUCACCAUCAGCAGCAGCAGACGGGCACGCAGGGUAGUAGUGGAGCAGCAGGAGCACAAGGCACUUCACAGCAGGCAGGGGACGGUGUCGGGUAUGAUGCCGAGUUCGCCCGCAUGGAGUCGUGGUUGGACGAGAAUCCCGAGUUCGUGCAGGAUUACUUCAUUCGCAAGGCAACCCGUAACAUGGUGGACGGAUGGCUAGUCUCACACGCAACACCGGUGACCACGGCGGCCAACAGUGUAGACUCACCAACACAUGGCUCCAAUCAACCGAGCUCGUCACGCGGCGGUUCUGGCGCGACAACACCCGUCAGAAAAAUAUCAGCCCACGAGUUCGAACGGGGCGGACUGCUAAAGCCGAUCGUAAACACCAUUGAUGGUACGCCAACCUUCCUGAGCAUAAGCCCACAAAAUGAAUCCUCAGCUACUGGCAGCAUCCAGUGCUGUCCGAAUGGUGUUGCGUACUGUGGGGCCAACCUACGACCUCUGCGACUAUCCCGUAACGAGCUCAAACAGCUCGACGAACGGGAACUCAUAUUCGAACUGGUGAAGGAUAUUUGCAACGAUCUCGACGUACGCUCGCUGUGUCACAAAAUCCUGCAAAAUGUGUCAAUUCUGCUGAAUGCCGAUCGUGGCUCACUGUUCCUAGUGCAGGGCAAGAGUACUUGCGGUGGCGACAAUACCAAAAAAUGCUUAGUAUCGAAACUGUUCGAUGUAUGCUCGAACAGCACACUCGAGGAGAUGGAACAGCAGGACGAAGUAAAGGUGGCCUGGGGUACGGGCAUCGCUGGACACGUUGCCGAAAGUGGGGAACCUGUAAAUAUACCGGAUGCUUACCAGGAUGAACGUUUCAACCGGGAAAUCGAUGUACAAACUGGCUACCGUACAAAGGCGCUACUCUGCAUGCCAAUCAAGGAUGCGUCCGGAGACGUGGUUGGAGUCGCGCAAGUGAUAAACAAACAGGGUGAUCAGUGCUUUAGCACCGCGGAUGAGAAGAUAUUCUCGUCCUACCUGCAGUUCUGUGGUAUCGGGCUUCGGAAUGCACAGCUAUACGAAAAGUCACAGCUCGAGGUGAAGCGCAACCAGGUGCUGCUCGAUCUCGCAAGAAUGAUCUUCGAGGAACAGAGCACCAUCGAGCAUAUGGUCUUUCGCAUUCUGACCCACAUGCAGAGCUUAAUACAAUGCCAAAGAGUGCAGAUCCUACUGGUGCACGAAGCGUCAAAGGGUAGCUUUUCGCGAGUGUUCGACUUCGAAGCCAACGAUCUCAGCGGUGAUGACGGUGAUGCUCGCACGAGCCCGUUCGAGUCCCGCUUUCCGAUCAACGUCGGAAUAACUGGCUACGUGGCAACAACUGGCGAGACUGUAAAUAUCUGCAAUGCGUACGAGAACGAUAGGUUCGAUCCGAGUGUCGACGAAGGGCUCAACUUCCGUCACAAAACGAUUCUCUGCAUGGCGAUCAAGAAUUCAUUAAGUCAAAUUAUAGGCGUAAUACAGUUGAUCAACAAGUUUGAUGAUCUUACUUUUACCAAAAAUGAUGAAAACUUUGUCGAAGCGUUUGCAAUCUUCUGCGGAAUGGGCAUUCACAAUACGCACAUGUACGAGAAGGCAAUCAUUGCAAUGGCAAAGCAAAGUGUCACACUGGAAGUGCUGAGCUACCAUGCCUCAGCUACCAUCGAUGAUGCGUACCGGUUACGGCAACUAAAAGUGCCAUCGUCGGCGUUCUUUAAGCUGCACGACUUCAAAUUCGACGAUUUGACACUGGACGACGACCACACGCUGAAGGCGUGCAUCCGAAUGUUCCUGGAUCUGGAUCUGGUCGAACGGUUUCACAUCGAGUACGAGGUGCUGUGCCGGUGGUUGCUGAGCGUAAAGAAGAACUAUCGUAACGUGACGUACCACAACUGGCGGCACGCGUUUAACGUGACGCAGAUGAUGUUCGCAAUCCUAACGUCGACACAGUGGUGGAAAAUCUUUGGCGAGAUUGAGUGCCUUGCGCUGAUCAUAGCCUGCCUGUGCCACGAUCUGGAUCACCGUGGGACCAACAAUUCGUUCCAGAUCAAAGCCUCGUCACCGCUGGCUCAGCUCUACUCGACGUCCACGAUGGAACACCACCACUUCGAUCAGUGUCUGAUGAUCAUUAACAGUCCUGGCAACCAAAUACUGUCCAACAUGUCAUCGGAAGACUACAGCCGUGUGAUACGCGUACUGGAAGAUGCCAUCCUCUCCACCGAUCUAGCCGUUUACUUCAGGAAACGUGGAGACUUUUUGAAUUUAGUCGAACCGACCAUUGAAAUGAGUUCCUGGCAAUCGGAAGAACCACGAUCAUUGCUACGUGCGAUGAGCAUGACCGUUUGCGAUUUGUCCGCCAUCACGAAACCGUGGGAGAUAGAGAAGCGUGUUGCCGAUCUGGUCAGCUCGGAGUUCUUCGAGCAGGGUGAUAUGGAGCGGCAAGAGUUAAACAUCACACCAAUUGAUAUAAUGAAUCGAGAGAAGGAAGAUCAAUUGCCAAUGAUGCAAGUUGGCUUUAUAGACUCCAUCUGUAUACCUAUAUACGAGGCUUUUGCAACUUUAUCCGACAAGCUGACCCCAUUGAUCGAUGGUGUACUGGAGAACAAGCAGCACUGGAUCGAGAUGGCGCAAAGUGCGAAGGAUGCCUACGCAAAUAAUAACAAUACGAGCGAAAACAAUAACAACAACAAGCACCAUUGUACGGACCACACAGAGGACAACAGCGAGAGCGAAUGUGUACGCAGCCCGCCGGGAUCACCAGCAAGUAAUGGAACCAUGCGUAAGCUUUCCCUUGAACCCGAUUGUACUGAUAGUGGUCACCACCACAGUAUAGGUAGCCAAGAGUCCACCACUAAUAGUUGUAACAUAAAGGAGAAGAUCGUCGGCCGGUUAGGCGUUGAUCUCGCCUCAUCGCCCCCGUACGCAGACAAACCAUCGUUUCUGGUGGUCGGUCAGAAGGGCAACGGUUGGGUGAACGGUGACAGGGUGCGGCUCAUACGCCUGUCUUCAUCCGAUGGCAAAACGAGUGAACUACUGCUGGACGAGCAGCUUCAACGGCAUCCAACGGUGGACGAGGUGGACACACUGCUGGACUAGACGAUGGAAUAAAACCCGGGACUAUCUAAUGUCCUACCACUGCUCCACCAAGACCAAACGGUUGAUAAAUGUGAUUCGUCCUUCUGGUUCUCCACUGAACCGAGAAAAAAAAUUCUGUAAAUUAGCCCAAUCCUGUCCAGCAUAUCCCGCGCAGCCUUGCUUUCUCAUUAAGUUUAAACCACGUUUUACUCUAUGACCUCUGCAAUUGUAUGUUAGCGGUAUGUUUUGCUAUUAUUCUAUACCUAACCGCAAUGUCUCACCUAAUCGGAAAGCUUAUCUUCAAGCACCAAUUCUAUUUGUGUAAUCAUUUCAAGUAUACAUUUGAGCAUGUGUUACACACGUGUAGGUUUGGUUUGGAAGCCGUACGCACACAUUAUUAUACUAUUAUGUAUUAUAUGUUGAGUGUAAAUAUUUUAGGUAAUUGUUUGUUUAUUGUUACACUGCAGUACGACACUCUGUACUAGCUAAACGGGACCCAUCCUCCUACCCAGUCUCCCUAACUUCCGGGUUCAUGCUAUAAUGCACAACUAUUUGUAAUAUUCAGAUUAAUUGUUACGAUUACAACCAGCCAACAACCAAUUUCUUACAGUAGGAGAACUAUUUUUAAACCGUACAUUUAGAAGAAAAUGAAACAAAAAAAAAGAGAAACCAUAACUACAGCACUAGUCAGCAGAAUAAUUAUUUAAUGUUAACAUUUGAGAGCUCGGUGUAUAGAAGGUGUACUUCCUUUAACAAACACAAACAAGAGUCGUGUGUGCGUGUGCGUGUAUGUGUUUAAAGUCGUAAAAGAAGUAAGUUUGAACGAUACGCAACACUAUCUAUGGCACGUAAUGAAAGCGUAAGCCAAAAAACCAAAAGUCAAUGAUCUUGAAAGAAGACAGAACAACAACAAAAAGAAACCAUUGUGCACCGAUGUUCUAUUAGUAAGGAAUAAUCCGGAAGAGGAGUAUUACUUGUUCUAUGGACCAUUAUAAUUAUGUACUUGUAUGAGAACAAAACAUCUGUUGUAGUUGUUCGGCGUAUUUGAAUCAACCGUGUAACGUUCACUUUCCACUUUGUACCCAAAACUAGGCAAAAGCGUUGGCGUUUUGAUAGCGUGAUAACAAUUGGAAGCAAGUGUGUUUGUUUGUGUGAAUAUGACAGCACCGUAGAGUUUGUAAAAUUGAUGAUUAAGCCAACACUUUCCUGGUGGAAAGUGUUAGUUGUGAAAGAUGUGAAAGUAACGUGGAACAGUUUUGUUUUUUUGUAAACAAUUCAAGGAGCACAACCAAUCAACCAACCAUUUUAUAGCAAAAUGGUAGUAAUUUAUUGUUAACAAUACAAAAUCCUUUUACAAUCCCGAUAGUAGUAAGAAGAACAUAGGAGACAAGUGAAUCGUCCUUAAACGUGAUGUUGGUCGUAUAGCGUUUCUUCAAUGUGUCAUCAAUCGAUGUGUGGACCCUUCCUUAUAUGAGUCGAUGUUGGUGUUGUGUAUAUUUGUGCGUGUGUCGUUAAAAUUGCAGAUUUUUUUUCUCUAAAUUGAUUCAGAAAAAGGGAAGAAAAUAUCUUCCUUUCGAUUAACGUUUCCCAUUGCUUUGAGCUCAUUGAUUUGUUGAAAUUGUUAAUUUCUUGUUUAUACAAAUAAAUUCUAAUUUACUCAAAUAUUCAAAACCAUCAUACGCACACAAUUAUACAGACACUUAACCAUUGAAACAUAACGAUGCGAUAGCAAGCAAGCAACCAUUAUCUAUAGCAGAAAUGGCUUAUAAUAAAGUGUACUAUUUUUCUGAA